AUGAUGGUCGUUCCUUCAACUUGCAAGGAGGACUGCAGCUAUAGAAUUACGGAAGUCAGUCAAGCAAACAGUAAGCUCACAAAAUUCAGCAUUGUGAUGCACAGAGAAGCCAGUGGCAGCACAACAGCCAUCAAAGCUAUUGAGCUUCAAGUUUAUGACUAUACGCUGACUUUGCUCUCAAAAGUGAGAUGGCAGAUAUUGCUUGGUGGCAUAAAAGUAAAUCUUCCUCUUACCCUUGAAGACGGGAAAGUGAAAGUCUACCAGAGUGGCUUUUAUAUCAUUCUUGAGACCACUGAUGGCCUCAAAGUGAGCUAUGACAGUGCAUCCAGUGCUGCUUUCAACAUCCCAUCCACUUACUUCAAUGCACUUGGUGGCCUUUGUGGCAACUACAAUGAGGAUCAAAGUGAUGACUUCAAGCUGCCCAGUGGACAACAAGCACCAGAUGAAAGCAGCUUUACUGCUGGGUGGAAAGCCACCUCUUCUCCAACCAAUUGCCAGACCAGCUGUGGCUCCAAAUGUCCUGGUAGUAAUGACUCGAAGAAGCCUGAUGCCAGCAAAGACACAGCCUGCGGUAUCCUGACACUAAAGACUGGCCCCUUCGCUUCUUGUCACUCCACAGUAUCUCCACAAGAAUACUUCAACAACUGCGUUAAAGAUAUGAUUACGGAUGGCGCAAGCAAUUCUGUUCUGUGUGACAACAUCCAGACAUAUGUACAAGCCUGCCAGAAUGCAGCAGUGACAAUAAGUGCAUGGAGAACAGACACGUUUUGCCCUGCUACAUGUCCAGCAAACAGUCACUAUGAGCUCUGUACGGAUACCUGCAGCACCACGUGCGCAUCGCUCUUUGCCUCUGUCCAGUGUUCAGUCUGCCGUGAGGGAUGCCAGUGCAAUGAUGGCUUUGUUUUUGACGGGGAGUCCUGUGUCACCCUGGACGGCUGUGGAUGCCUUGUGAAUGGCAGAUACUAUAAGUCUGGUGAAUCUGUGACCCAGAAUUCCUGCAGUGAACAGUGCACAUGUACUAAGGGUGUUCUUACCUGCGCGCCAUUGUCCUGCACGGCUAAUCAAGUCUGUGAGGUCAGAGACGGUGUCAUGGCUUGCUACUACACAGAUCCUUGUUUUGCAGUAAAGUGCCGUGAGAAAGAAAAUUGCGUUGCUUCUGAGAAGUCAGCCACUUGUGUACCAAUAUCGAAAGCUUCCUGCUGGGCAGCAGGUGACCCCCACUACCAGACUUUCGACCAAGAAAAUUUUGACUUCCAGGGAACAUGCAGCUAUAUUUUAGCUCAGACAACUAACACUGACCCCACCCUCACACCAUUCAGUGUGGUCAAUAAGAAUGAACUGCGUGGAAACUUUGAUGGUUCUUUUGUCAAGACAGUCACAGUCACUGUGUACAGCCAUACGAUUGCAAUUGUCAGAGAUGAAAGAGGAAAAGUCAGGGUUGAUGGAAUAAUAACUAACGUUCCUGUAAACAUAGACUCUGGAAAAAUUAUCAUCUCUCAGUCAGGAAUUAGAGCAGUCCUGGAGACUGACUUUGGACUUGUGAUCUCUUUUGAUUGGAAAACAAUGAUUUUAAUUACUGUAACCAGCAGUUAUUAUAACAGUGUGGUGGGUCUGUGUGGCAACUACAAUGAGAAAAAAGAAGAUGAUUACACAAUAAAAGGGGGUGGCAUUACAACAAAUAUCACUGACUGGGCCAAAUCCUGGAGCGUUCCAGAUCGUGAUCCAUUUUGCUGGCACUUCUGCAAGGGCUAUUGUCCCACCUGUUCAGAUGAAAAUCAAGCAUUAUAUGGAGGCAAUAAUUUCUGUGGAGUUGUCAGCCAAAACGAUGGUCCAUUCCAGCAGUGUCAUAGCAAAGUGUCUCCAGAUGUCUUCUUUGAUAACUGCUUGUAUGAUGUAUGCAUUAAUCAAGGGCGACAACCCAUUUUGUGCCAGUCCCUGGGGACAUAUGUUGCUUCUUGUCAGAAAGCUGGAGCUACAGUUUCCAAUGAGUGGAGAAAGAUGACUAAUUGCCCUCUUGACUGUCCAGCAAACAGCCACUAUGAGUACUGUGGCAAUGCUUGCCCCGCUACAUGUACUGACCGAAAGGCCCCUGAUAACUGCCAGAAGCCAUGCACUGAGACCUGCCAAUGUAACGAUGGCUUUGUUCUGAGUGCUGGAGAGUGUGUACCAGUAAACAACUGUGGCUGCAACUAUAAUGGACGUUACUACCAACCUGGGGAGACAUUUUGGGCUGAUGAUAAAUGCCAGCAGAGCUGUUCUUGUGAUGGAAGUACACGCACAGUCACAUGCAAACAGAAAGGAUGCAAGGACACAGAGCAAUGCACUGUAGUCCAGGGAGUUCAAGACUGCUACCCAGUCAGCUACCAGACCUGUAUAGCAAUGGGAGAUCCUCACUAUCGCACCUUUGAUGGCAAAACCUUUGACUUCCAGGGCACUUGUGUUUAUCGGUUGGCAGGGGUGUGUUCCAAAGAUCCCAGCCUGAAAACCUUUGAUGUAACUGUGCAGAACAACAACAGAGGCAGUCGUCUUGUUGCAUUUACCAAGGUGGUGUCUGUGAAGGUGUAUGACACCACAUUUACUAUCAGUCAAGAAAUCAAUGGAAAGAUCACGGUCAAUGGAAUUGUCACGUCCCUGCCCUUCUCUCAGGAUUCAAACAAAGUGAUUGUGUACAGAAGUGGCAUUUCAGCCGUAUUAGAAACCAACUUUGGCCUCAAAGUGACUUUUGACUGGAAUCAAGCUGUCGCUGUCACUGUACCAAGCACCUACACCAAUGCAAUGUGUGGACUGUGCGGGAACUACAAUGGAAACAAAGAUGAUGACUUGCAGUUAGCAGGUGGCCAGGCAGCACCAAAUCCUACAGCUUUUGGAGACAGUCACAAAGUACAGGAUGUUCCAGGCUGUGUCCCAGAAUGCACAACAUGCCCUAAACCAGUUAUCCCACCAGUCAAUCCUCCUUAUGUGGCCAACUGUGAUAUCAUUAAGGACAGUGCUGGCUCUUUGAAGGAUUGCAUGGACAAAGUUGACUAUGCCCAUUUCCAUGCCAGCUGUGUCUAUGACAUCCUCCUUUACCAAGGACUGCAGAAGGCAGCCUGUGAUGAUAUCACUGCCUAUGUAGUAGCCUGCCAGGCAGCCGGGGGUAAAAUUGACAACUGGAGGACAAACACGUUCUGCCCUCUUACUUGUCCACAGAACAGCGAGUACCAAAAUUGUGCACCAGGCUGCCCAGCAACCUGCUACUCUAUGUCUUCACCUGCUGGUUGCAAUGCUGUUUGCAAAGAAGGCUGCCAGUGUAAAGAUGGAUUCCUUCUGAGCAAUGACCAAUGUGUGCCACUAGCAGAAUGUGGCUGUAGCUACCAGCAACGGUACUAUGCCAACAAAGAAGUAUUUUAUCCUGGUGAUGCAUGCAGUCAGCGUUGUGAAUGCCAAGGUGGCAUUGUUACCUGCACAGAUGUCAAAUGUGGCCCACAGGAGAAAUGUUCAGUGGUCAAUGGUGUCCAAGGCUGCUUUCCUACAGGCAGUGCUACUUGCAUAUCUGCUGGAGACCCCCAUUACCAGACAUUUGAUAAGCGUCGGUAUGACUUCCAGGGAACAUGUGAUUACACGCUGUCAGCUGUUACUGCCACAGAUUCUCAACUCGAGAAAUUCUCUGUGCAGUCGAGCAAUGCACGCCUGGGUCUUGGAAAAGUCUCUGAAACCCGCUCAGUAACAGUGGAGGUCUAUGGGUACUCACUCACCAUUGUGAAGAACCAGUCCUGGAAGGUUCAGAUGAAUGGAAUCCUGACAAACCUUCCUAUUACAGUGGAGGGAGGAAAAAUAACUGCUUCUCAAGUUGGAAGGUCAAUAGUUGUGCAGACUGAGUUUGGCCUAAAAGUUAGCUAUGACCUGGUGAAUGCUGCUGCAAUAACCGUGCCAUCCACAUACAGUGGUCAAGUGGGUGGACUAUGUGGCAAUUAUAAUGGUAACACUGAUGAUGACCUCUCUCUACCUAACGGUCAAGUUGCAAGUAAUGUCAAUGAUUUUGGAGUCGCCUGGAAAAUAGGUGGAAGCAGCGAGACCUGCGGCGAUGCUUGUCUGGAUGGAGGCUGUUCAGUACCUAGUGACAAAACAGUGGAAGAGUUGAAGAAGGAAGACAAGUGUGGCUUCAUUAGCUCCACCACUGGACCCCUGGCUGCCUGCCACUCUGUGCUGCCACCUGAUGGCUUCCUGCAAAACUGCAUCUAUGACAGCAAUGCUGCUGAAGGCAAGAUGGAAAUGGUAUGUGCAGGAAUUCAAGCCUAUGUACAUGCCUGCCAGGACGCUGGGGUAACACUGCAAUCUUGGAGAAGUAACACCUUCUGCCCCAUGACAUGUCCUGCUAACAGCCACUAUGAUCUUUGUGCUGAUACAUGCCAAGCUAGCUGCAUGGCACUGUCCACCCCUCUGACCUGCAACUGUGUAGAAGGCUGCGAGUGUGACGUCGGCUUUUUAGCUGAUGGAGACCAAUGCGUGUCCAUUGACUCCUGUGGCUGUGUGAUGGAUGGCAGAUAUUUAAAGAAUGGUGAGACAGUGUUUACAGAUCAAUGCACUAAUACAUGCACAUGCAAAGCAGGCCAAGGAGUUGUAUGUCAGGCCACCAGCUGCUCUGCUGACACCAUGUGUGAUGUGAGGAACGGUGCCUUGGGCUGCCAUCCCAAAGAGGUCUCAUGUAACCUGAAAGAUGCCGUCAUCUCAACAUUUGAUGGAAUGGACACCCAAAUCCAAAUAAGUGGUGUCUUCGACUUGGCAUUCCUCGCAGAUGACAAGGCACAGCUUGAAGACUGGUUCAGAGUAGCAGCUGGCAUUAACAACUGCAAGCCAAACUCUCUUAAUGUUGUUCAUUCUUUCUUUGGACAAAACUUCAUCACAGUGACCAGUACCAAUGAUGUCUGGGUGAAUGGCAGGCGUGCUGUUCUCCCUUACAAAGUUACUGAUAACAUUUCAGUAUCACUGAACAAUGGUGCUGUAGUGAUAGAGCAGACUGGGAAAGUAAGCCUGCAAAUCGGUGCUGCUGGGGAUCUGUCACUGACCAUACAGAGCAGUCUCUUCAGUCACCUGGAUGGCUUCUGUGGCAGUGCCAACAAUGACCUGAAUGAUGACAUGAGGACAAGGGAAGGAUAUCUAACCAGUGACCAAGUGGAGUUCAUACAGUCUUGGACUGCACAGGAUUUUAUGUCCCAAUGUAAAGCAUAAAAGGUUACUGAAGAGAAGAAAGCAGUGGAAGAUUUGUGCCAACUUUAAAAGAGUAAAACAAGAUGUGCAAUACAGGUUUUAAUUUACAGGAAACAGUUAACUGUGGCAGAAUUGCUAAAAUACUUAAAAAUAUAUUAAAAAAUACCUGGAACCAAGUCAAUGUUCAAAAUUAUAACUGACAAAAUCAAUACAAAGAAAAGAUACAAUACAAUACAAAAAAAAAGUUUAAAUCCUGUAAUUCUGCAUGACUUCACUUUUAAAUAAACUCUAAAAUUACAUUUUAAGUCACAAUAAAUUUGCAUGGUAACAUUAUUUAACAACUACAAUUUAACAAUACAUCUUUAUAUUUGCUAGAGGGAAAAAAAUAGGGAUUUACAUUCUUUUGGUAAUCAUUUUAAUGCAGUUAUUCUACUUUCAAGUCACUUUUAACUGACAUUUACUUGUGUGGAUUCUCUUCCAGUUGAUCAAUGUUACAGCUUCUCUUUCUUUCUAAAAUAAUGUUUUUUCCUUUUAUGUUUUUACCUGGCAUUUUAUCAGCAAAAUGUUUUUGAGGACAAUGUUAAUGAUGUUGCAUUCUCAGAAUAAAUCAUUAAUAUAAUCAAAAAA